GCUAUCGAUAUAUGGAAACGAAACAAAUUCUCCCAAUUUUCGGCUGAAAACGAGGAAAAGCAACUCGCGAUUCUGGGGCGGCAGAACGGGAAAUCCCGCCGAGGAGCAGCAUGACCUCCAUUCUGGACAUGAAGGCCGGUCCGCCCGACUACUGGGCGGAGAUCAGCAACUUCUUUCUGCCGCUGAAAUACCUGAUCACCAACGACCGCUUCGAUUCGAUGGUGCGGGACAUAGACCUCUUUUACCUGAUAAACGGUGUCUUUUGGAUAUUUGUGGCGUUGUCCUGCGGCUACUACGCCUUCCAGCGGCUCUUCCAGUUCUUUCUGAAGUCGUCGAGCAUGAAGCACUUUCAGCGGAGGCUGUUCGCCCGCGUUAUCUGGAACAUCGCCUUCUAUGCGGCCAGCUGCCUGUUCCUGCACUUCUACAACGAGUUCAUGAUCCUGCCCCAGCUGAUGAAGAACCAGGGACGCUACUCGCUCUUCUACUCCUCGGACAACCUGAUCUUCUAUCGAUCCCACCAGGCGGAGAAGUUUCAGUUCUACUCGAUCUUCAUCAUCACGUUCUACCUGCAUGGGGCGUGGUUGGACUUCAAGGACGCUGACUUUCUGGAGGUGGGCUCCAAGGGACUCUACCUGCUGUCCCUCGUCGCCAUCGAUGUUUACAGGUACGAAAACUACUUUGUGGGCCUGAAUCUGACGGUGGGCCUGUACAGCAUACUCACCGAAGUGCUGGCUCUGCUGGUCCUGCCCAGCACGAAUUCACACCGGAUCAUCUACCAGGUUUUCCUUGGCUUGCGCAUCAUGGUGUGGGCGUAUGUGUUUGUCAACCUGCUGCCCUUCAAGUACUUCAUACCCACGCUCUUCGCCAAGAACUUUAAGCUGCCCCUGAAUGUGCCCAUUUGGUUGUGGUACGGCCUCUCCAUUUGGAACUCACCGGUGCUGCAGUACUUCUACCAUCAGAUAUAUCACACAGCGCCGUCGGAUUGCUCGGGCGAGGGUUCGGCGGCCAAGUGCAUCCUGGUCAAGGACACCAGUGAGUUCCGGCACUACAAGACACUGAAGAAGGCCUAUUUGGAGGUAAAGCUGGCGCACAUAAGAACCACGUCCAAUUCGCUGCCCUCCGAAACCAGUUCUGCCUCGGCCAAAACCUUUCAGGCCAUUAAAUGUGUUAUGAUGCUGAAGCGCAAAUUGAAGCGGAUUCGCGAGGGACGCGGUCAUGAGCCGGAGGAUGACAACGAUGACCAGGCCGUUGAUACCUAAUCGCGUUCUGGAGCACGGACGCAGCACACUUUUACACAGUAGAAACCCACAUUUCCUUAAACCAAACCAAAAAAGACACAAGUUCAGCUUAGGCUAAUUGUUCACAAGUUGAAACUAGCGCUCUCUCUCUCUCUCUCAAUCAGACUGAUUUCGGUUUAUGCGUGUUUGCUAAAUCGCGAUCAGCGAACAGUGCGUUUUGGCCAACACUCAGAUAGUUAACACAAAAAAGUUGGCAGUACACUUCUGACUCUUGUCAACAUAUUAUAGUAGGAAUCUUAUUGAAUAUUUAACACUUAGAAAUUUGUCAAUUUGUCAACGCUUUUGUUGUAAAGGUCAGUUGGUUGUCUAGCUUUCAAUCAAAAAUAUUUAUUCAAAUAUUUCAACGAAUCAUAUAUAAGCGUUGUUAACUUUUUUUUUUAGCGAUAAACUAAAUUGAAAGAAGAAUAUAAAGUAUAAAUCAAAAGUGCAGCUAAUCUCAAAGGCUAUAGAUGCAAAGAUCGAAAAGUGAGGCUUACAAAAUUAAUCUCCUAGAAGUAUUUAAAAUAAUGUUAUAUAUCUAAAAGCGUCGAAUUCGUUUGUUGCCGAACGCACUGUUCUAAUAGUACUUAUUCGUGAUAAACUAUGCACUGUUGUCACUAGUUAACAAUUAUUUAUAACAACUCUAGAUCAAUAUUAAAUUUAAAGCAAUCACGAUUUAGUCAGCACGCAUAAGCCGAGCGGCUGAAAACCUUAGCAAAUUUAGUUGAUAUCGCUCGAUUUUUGGCGCCAUCGGAGAUCGUCGCGCCUGAUAUAUAUAUACAUAUAUAGUUACUAUAUCUCUCCAACUCUCUCUCUCUCUUUCCCUCGCACACACGAUCGCAGUUUCUCUCUCGUUUAGAUUUGUAAGUCGCCUUCAACUUAUUGUUGUUGUUUAUUCGCUGUGACUUAAUGACAUAUUGAAAUAUUGUAAUGUGUUUUUUUUUUCGUUCUUUUAAUUGAAAUAUACUAUAUAUGGGCUAAACGAGCGCAAUUGAAA